CUACAAAACCUGACCAGUGGAGCUAAAAUAAUAAGAAACAAUUCACAGUCUUCUGACCUGCUCAAAAUCAGCCAUCAGGGUUUCCUGCUGUCCAUCUCAAACCAGCUGCCCACUCUCCAUCUACUUCUACUGGCCUUGUACUAGGUUGCCCUCUUCAUUAUUUCGUUUUUUUUUCCUUUAGAGGAAAUAGGGCAGUAUAAUCAUAGGUUUAUUUUUAGAAAAGGGGCUGACCUUCUUGUCCAUAGACUCUAUAUAAGCACUGGCAGAUGUUUUUUUGAUGUUGUUGGAGUCUGAGUAGGUUAAAUCUGUCCAGUUUUAAAAUAGAUUGUUUUCUUCUAUUUUAAACUGUCUUUUUUAAAGCCAUUUAAGAGAUAAUACUAUAUGACGUUUUAUGUAUAAUCUGAUGAAUUGAAAUGAUACAUUAAUGUAAUGAAUUGUUUUUACACCGCUGUGAAUUUUCUAUGAAGAAGGAUAAAUACAACUAAACUGAAAAUACUGCUUAUCUAUGUGUUACACGUUUAGGAUCGUGUGUUAAUGUAGAAUCUUAGAUGUAAUUUAUAUUUUGCAUUGUCUAGUAACCCCUGGUGAGGAAGGCAGUCCAUUGUGUAAAAAAGAGCAAGUGAUGAAUUUCUCAAAGUACAGCAACAUUACCCAAACUAAUGGACGGGACACUUCAGCUCUGGCCAUGACCAUCAUAGUUGUAGCUUUGUACGUCUCCAUCAACUACAUUAAUGUCAUGCUGGUCCACACCUUCUUCAAGCAUGAGAUCUUCACUGAGAAUCCUCGAUACAUCCUCUUCAUCCACAUGGUCCUAAAUGACCUGAUCCAGUUGAAUAUUGCUGUGUUGCUUUAUAUCAUUACAUAUAUUGUCUUUUUGAUGAAUGUCUCUUUAUGCUGCUUUCUUCUAAUGAUUGCAGUGUUCACCACUCUCAACACCCCUCUAAAUCUGGCUGGCAUGGCUGUGGAGCGCUACAUAGCUGUCUGCAAACCGUUACAUCACACACACAUCUGUACUGUGCGCAGGACGUACAUUCUUAUUGGACUGAUUUGGGUUUUAAGUGUUAUCACUAUCCUCCCAGAUCUGUUUGUUCUUCUAACCACUGAGCCUUUAUCUUUCUUUUACUCAACCAUUUCCUGCCAUCAAGACAUCCUCUUCCAUCACCCAUACCUGGUGGAGAAGAAAAACAUCUCAAACCUGGUGUAUUUUUCCUUCGUUUGGCUCACUUUGUUUUAUACGUACUUCAGGAUCAUGUUCGCUGCCAAGGCCACUGGUGCAGACGCCCGGAAGGCCCGAAACACCAUCCUCCUGCAUGGACUGCAGCUUGUGCUGUGCAUGUUUACCUACACUGGCCCGUUACUUCACAGCUUGUUGGUAUCUCUAUUUCCAAAUUAUGUAAGUGAGCUGAGAAUCAUACAUUACCUCUUUGUCUACAUUUUGCCCAGAUUCAUAAGUCCUAUUGUGUAUGGUCUCAGGGAUAAAAUACUCUGUUCAUAUCUGAAAAAGCACAUGUUGUUUGCUGCGCAUAAAGAAAGAUGCAAAACACAACCUACCUAACUAAACUACUUAUUGAACUGUACUUAGUUAACUAAAUAAAUUCUAAGCAAAUACCUUGUUUAUUCAUUUUUACUCAAUGUAAAUCUGUAUUAUUACUACUAAUUAUUUAUUUAUAUAUUAAAAACAACAGAAAAUGAAAGUAUAAUAUGGGGGUUAUUCUUUACGUUGGGUCAGUAAAUCCUGAUGACAAAUACCUUAAAAAUUACCUAGAGUAAAAUCUGAUAAAAAAUGUUUAUUCUCUAGUUUCCAAUGCAAGGCAUUACUCUAUGUCUUACACUAAAGAAGCAAGGAAAGAACUGAGGCUGAGACUUUUUUUAGAUUUCUGAUGAAUAGAAAAUAACAACCUCUCCUCAGGUUAGAUCUUUUUAAAGUGUAACCAUCUGCAGUAAAUCAUUGUGGUAAUUAAAUUAUUCAAAACAUGUGGACACCAGUUAGACACUGCAAAAAAAAGUCAUGGGGAUCAUUUACAUAUUCUGCUAUUUCUGUUUUAAUCAGAACAUAUGUCUGUUAAUUCAGGACAAUAAUAAAGUAACAAUAAACACAAUAAAAAAUAAACCUUUGCCUUAAUGCAGUGUAUCUAGAACACUGAUGGACCAGUAGUGCUUCAUAUCAAAAACAUAUCAGAAAAGGACAGAACUGCAGAUGCAGCCUGGAUGUGGCUUGUGUUUGCACAGCUCUUUCAGAUCAUCUAAAGCUGUACAGAUCAACUGGAUCAUUUCUACUGGGCCAUUUACCACAUAAUUAUCAUUCUGAGACAAAAUAAUAAAAACUAGCAGAUUAAUAGUAAGUUAUUAAGUGA